AUCCCUUCUCAACUGCUAACCACCAUGACAUCUAGAGUGGUUAUUACCGGCUUAGGCCUUGUCACCCCACUAGGGGUAGGCGUCAAAACCGUCUGGCCCGCGCUUUUGGCUGGCCAGAGCGGUCUCGUCUCUACCACCACCAUCGAGGAGAACCAGGACCAAUGGGCGUCUGUGCCUUCCAAAGUUGUCGGGAGGGUGCCACGGGGCCUGUUAGCCGACGGCAAAUGGGACGUGAACGACCAUUUUGACGCGAGUGAUGCGCGGCGUGUCGCGCCGUUCGCACAAUACGCGAUGGCGGCGUGCGACGAAGCGCUUCGCGACGCGAACUGGUUCCCAGAAUCAGACGAAGCCAAGGAACAUACUGGGGUGUGUGUGGGCUCCGGGAUCGGCUCCCUUGAGGAUUCCUACGCCAACUCUGUCGCUUUUCACGAGAAGGGCUACCGCCGCGUGCAGCCUUUGUUCAUUCCUCGUUUGUUGAGUAACAUGGCGACGGGUGCAAUUUCUAUCAAACACCAGUUCCGCGGCCCUACACACUCUGUAGCAACGGCCUGUGCCACAGGGGUUCACUCUAUCGGCGAUGCUGCACGUUUCAUCAAGGACGGUUAUGCGGAUGUGAUGAUUGCGGGUGCCGCCGAGGCAUCGCUCCAUCCGCUAGCGCUCUCGGGCUUUGCCAGAGCCAAGUCAGUGAUCACAGGCUUCAAUGACGCACCGGAAAAGGCGUCCAGACCGUUUGACAGUGCGCGGAACGGGUUUGUGCUCGCGGAGGGUAGCGGGAUCGUGGUGUUGGAGUCGCUUGCACACGCGCAACGGCGUCGUGCGCACAUCUACGGUGAAAUCGUCGGGUACGGUUUGAGUGGCGAUGGCCACCACAUCACUGCACCCUCACCCAACGGAAACGGUGCCCUCCGUGCCAUGAAGGGUGCCUUGCGCGACAUCCACGGUGGCGAAUCGGUUCCGCCUUCGGAGCUCGGAUACAUCAACGCCCAUGCGACAUCGACACUUUUGGGCGACCGUGCGGAGAACGAGGCGAUAAGAUCAUUGUUCGGGGAGAACCCGGAGUUGAGUGUUUCCAGUACGAAGGGUUCUAUCGGGCAUUUGCUCGGGGCUGCCGGUGCCGUGGAGUCGAUUUUCACGAUUUUGGCGAUGUAUCAUGGCCAGAUGCCACCGACGUUGAACUGCGAACAUCCCGGUGAGGCAGAGGGGGACAACAAGGCUGAUUUUCUGUUUGACUAUGUUCCGCAGAGUCGGGCUAAAGACGUGAAAUAUGCAAUGUGCAACAGUUUUGGCUUUGGCGGAACCAACGCCUCGUUGUGCUUUAAGAAGUACGAAAAGACUUAAGAGGGAAGUUGGAGCGUGUAAAUAGAGACAUAACUGUUAAAAGCCAUUGGAUUGUAAGGUGAGAUUUCAGGUAAAUAAAAAACAGAAGGCAUUGACUCGUGGCAAAGUCUGGAAAUUGGUUCGUACUCCCCCAACGUUUUAAGUAGUGACUUAUCUCUAGGUACGGAACCACGGCUAAAGGUAAUUUACCUAGCUUUCCCCCCGGUCGGCUAGAGAUACCACGGAUAUACUCCGAAAUGUUUUAUCUACGAUGGUUGAAUUUAUGAAAUUAC